UAUUUCUAUUUGAUGUCUACAAACUUUAUGGUUCUUUUUCAUGGCUGACGUUCCAAGGAGCUAGCCGAAGUCAUGAAGUUGAACGUCUCCUACCCGGUAACGGGAUGUCAGAAGUUAUUCGAGGUGGUGGACGAGCACAAGCUCCGUAUCUUUUAUGAAAAGCGCAUGGGCGCUGAAGUUGAAGCUGAUCAACUAGGAGAUGAAUGGAAGGGCUACAUUUUACGUGUUGCCGGCGGUAACGACAAGCAAGGAUUUCCCAUGAAACAGGGAGUUCUUACCAACAGCCGUGUCCGUUUGUUGAUGUCCAAGGGUCACUCUUGCUACAGACCUCGUCGUGAUGGUGAGAGGAAGCGCAAAUCAGUCCGUGGUUGCAUUGUUGAUGCUAACUUAUCUGUUUUGGCUCUAGUUAUUGUCCGCAAGGGUGCCCAGGAAAUCCCCGGAUUGACAGACGGUGAUGUCCCACGUCGCCUUGGUCCCAAGCGUGCAUCUAAGAUCCGCAAACUGUUCAAUUUGACCAAACAAGAUGAUGUUCGUCGCUAUGUUGUCAAACGUCUCCUGCCCACCAAGGAAGGCAAGGAAAAUGCCAAGCCUAGAUAUAAGGCCCCCAAGAUUCAGAGGUUAGUCACCCCUGUAGUUCUGCAGCGUAGACGCCACCGUUUGGCUCUGAAGAAGAAGCGUCUGGCUAAGCGCAAGGCAUCCGAGGCUGAAUAUGCCAAGCUUUUGGCACAGAGAAAGAAGGAAUCUAAGGUCCGCCGCCAGGAGGAGAUCAACCGCAGGCGAUCAGCGUCAAUGCGCGACUCCAAGAGCUCAAGCCACAGCGCUCCACAGAAGUGAAUAAUCUUUUUAAAAAUAUAAAAAUUGUAAAACCUG